UCACUUCCGACGCGCGGAGGGCGGGAAUGCCUCUACCUAUCUAGCGUCACAUCCGUUUCGAAUGGUGACUGACAGGACCCGGAUGUUGAUUCCUUCGUCGUGGUUGUGCUUCGAGGUUUGGGGUGAUCCUGCCUAAGGACUUAGGGCCAUAAUGUCAAAACGCAAGGUAACCUUUGAAGAUCAAGGUGAUGAGGAUGAAGAUGAAAUGAGCCUGCCAAAGAAGAAGCUGGUGGAACCUGCAGUUGGAGGGCCUGGCAGCCGCUUUAAGGGCAAGCACUCAUUGGACAGUGACGAGGAAGAUGACGAUGAGGAUGAUGAAGGGCGAGGUAGUAAAUAUGACAUCCUCGCAUCGGAUGAUGUGGAGGGGCAGGAAUCGGCCACCAUUGACUAUGAGGAUGGUGUCCGGAUCACCCCCUUCAAUCUGCAGGAAGAGAUGGAGGAAGGCCAUUUUGAUUCAGAGGGCAACUACUUCUUGAAGAAAGAAGCAGUGAUUCGGGACAACUGGUUGGACAACAUAGACUGGGUCAAAAUUAAGGAACAGCCUCCUGGCCGGAAGAAGCCACUGCUGGCUUCUGCAGAUGUUGAGGAAGAUGAGGAAGAUGAGGAUGACCUUGAAGUUGGCCGCACGCCUUUGGACAAGAAGGCAUUGCUGGAAGGCAUGGUGGAUUUAGUGCAGCCUGGUGAGACGGUGGCAAGAGCCAUCCAGCGGCUCGGAGACAAGGGUGGCCCCAAGAGCAGCAAGCACCAGCGGAGGCCCUGGAGCCGCCUCAAGCCAGAGGGGGCAGAACCCGUGGAGGAAAGUGAGCCCCAGAAACCCGGGUCGCCGGAGCGGAAAGAACAGCUGGAGCGCCUGUCAGGGCUGGCUGACCAAAUGGUGGCGCGAGGAGUAUAUGAGAUCUACCAGGAGACCCGGGAGAAGCUGGCACUGAGGCUCCGAGCGCUGGAUCAUCCUCCUGCAGCUGCUGCUACUGCUGCCGAACCAGAACUCGACAUGUUUGCGGAGGAUAUUGACGAAGCAAAACUGGCGGAGAAGACAGCAGCAGCAGCAGGAAAUGAGUCGCAGCAGCAAGGAAGUGACGAUGCUCUUUCCGAGGUGAUGUGGGAGUAUAAAUGGGAGAACACAAAUGUUUCUGAACUCUAUGGCCCCUUCAGUAGCUCCCAGAUGCAGGACUGGGUAUCCCAGGGCUACUUCCCUGAUGGGGUUUACUGCAGGAAGGCAGAUAAUUCGCAGGGCCAGUUCUACAAUUCGAAGCGCAUUGAUUUUGACCUCUACACGUGAUCAGAACCCGACUCCCACCCCAGAGAGCGCGAGAGAUGCAACUCCACACGACGGCGGCUUGAAAGAACUUGCCGGACUUUAGGGGGUGGGGGCCAGGGGAAGGGAGGGGUGUGUGUGUGUGUUUGUGUUUUUGGAAGGGCAGAGGAAGAGGUUUGACUUGCCAUCCAGCACUGAGGCUGCUUCGUGGUUUGUGAGAAAUUAAAGCAUCAACUUCAACCUGCA